AUGGGAAUGUUAGGAUCACUUCGUAAUGAAAAAGCAUUUUUUAAAAAACUUCAAGACAAUUCUAAAAAGCAAGCCACUUUUGAUAUUAGUAGUAAUGUAGAUAUUUUUUUUAAAGAAGAAAUGAUUAAUAGCAAAGAAUUUGAAGAUAUAAUAGAGGAAAUUAAUAUGAUAUGGCAGAUG